AUGUUAUGUUCAUGUUCAUGUUUCGAAUUGAAUGAUCUAAUCGAUGAAAUUCUUUUGCUUAUUUUUGAAAAAUUGGAUAAUCUUGAUAUACUUUAUUCUUUGCAUGGUGUUAAUAAACGAUUGAAUAAUAUAAUACGUGAUCCAUUAUUCACAAAUAGUCUGAACUUUGUCAAAUGGUCAUCGAAGAAAUUUUCUUCAAAUGUUAUAUUUAAUCGAUAUUGUUUACAAAUUUUACCUGAUAUAUCUAUGAAAAUCAAAUGGUUUUACAUUGAAUCAUCAUCUGCGAAACAUAUUCUACGUGCUGCAGAUUAUCCGAACUUAUAUGAACUUGGCCUAUAUAAUAUGAAAGUAAAGAUUCCAAAUCUAAAGUGUUUUGUUCUAUCAUGUCCUUGGGAAAUAUCAUCGUAUGAAGAAUUAAUUUUGCCACUUCUUUAUCGAACGACAAAUUUAGAAAAACUUGAUUUAUAUCUUACGUUCUAUGUUAAAGAUAGAUUUAUUGAUGGAAAUCAUAUAAAGACAAAUAUAUUGUCAAAUAUUCCGCAACUAAAUAGAUUUUCAUUUCAUAUUCAUUCACUUAUGUUUAUUAAUAAUCAAAUAAAUUUACUAUCAAAAGAAGAUAUUCAAGAGACAGUCAUAGAUUUUAAGCAUAAUAAAAUAAUAUCUUAUGUUGAUUAUUUUCUUGAAAAACAAAUAGGUCAAUGUCAUGUUUAUUCAUAUCCAUCUGAAAUGCAAUAUUAUCAAAAUAUAACAAAUCAUUUUUCAAGUGGAUUAUAUAAAUAUGUUCGUUUAAUAUCAUUAUAUGAUGAACAUCCUUUUGAACAUGAAUUUUUUAUUAAAAUUUCUCAAUCAUUUCCAUUUUUGGAAAGUUUAACAUUGAUUAAUAAUCAUAGACACAAAAAUCUAAACAAUUUUAUAAAUCAAUAA